CAUUGUUCUGCUCCUCUUUAUAAAGGGAGCUGCCACAUUUCUCCCUGCACAGAGUUGAGGGCAACUCCAACUCUCCUGCAAGAUGCUGCUGAUUCUGCUGUCAGUGGCCCUGCUGGCCCUGAGCUCAGCUCAGAGCUUGAAUGAAGAUGUCAGCCAGGAACAACCUCUCUCCCUAAUAUCAGAUGGAGGAGACUCAAACCAGAGCUCAGAGGAGAAGCCUCAGAGACCGCCUUUUGGAGGACGCCCACCUAAGCCCCCUGCUGGUAAUGGAAGCCAGGAUGAAAGGCCUCCGCAUAGACCACCUCCACAAGAAGGCCACAAGCCCCAAGGUCCCCCACCUCCUCCAGGAAAGCCACAAGGACCACCCCCACCAGGAGGCCAUCCCCAGAAGCCUCACCCACCUCCUGCUGGAAAGCCCCCGGGACCACCUCCACCAGGAGGCCAUCCCCAGAAGCCUCACCCACCUCCUGCUGGAAAGCCCGAGGGAACACCUGCACCUCCUCAAGAGAGCAAACCACCCAAACCUCCCCAGGAGCAGCUUUCUGAGUAAUCUAGGCUUCACUGACAGGAAGUGAAUAAGAAGAUGACAGUGAUUCAAGUGAUUCAAAUGCCGUAACAUUGGAAUAAGGCAGCCGUAGCUCUAAUUUCAAUAUACCAAUAAAAGAGUCAGCUUGCAA